AUUAAACCCUUGAAAAAAAAAAAAAUAAAUAAAUAAAAAAAUAUUAAACCCCCAAUCUAAAACCCUAAAUUUCCAUUUUUUCUUUCAUUUUGCUCUCAAACGAAUCAGAGGAAAAAACAAAAAAAGAAGAAAAAAAUGUCAAACCAAGCCGCGGUGUCCUUCUUCACGAACAUCGCACGCGCCGCAAUCGGUCUUGGCGUUGGAGCAACGGUGCUGAACUCCUCUCUCUACACCGUCGACGGCGGUGAACGCGCCGUCCUCUUCGAUCGGUUCCGGGGAGUCAUGGACGACUCCGUCGGCGAAGGCACGCAUUUCCUCAUCCCAUGGCUGCAGAAGCCCUUCAUCUUCGACAUCAGAACCAGACCUCACACGUUCUCUUCUAUGUCCGGAACCAAGGACCUCCAGAUGGUGACCCUAUCCUUAAGGGUUCUAGCUCGUCCGGAGGUCUCUCGGCUCCCUGACAUCUUCAAAACCCUAGGUCUGGAUUACGACCAGAAGGUCCUUCCGUCGAUUGGGAACGAAGUCUUGAAGGCCGUGGUGGCUCAGUUCAACGCCGAUCAGCUCCUCACCGAGCGUCCAUACGUGUCGGCGUUGGUGAGGGAGUCUCUAAUCAAGCGUGCUGGGGACUUCAAUAUCCAGCUGGAUGAUGUGGCCAUCACCCAUUUGUCCUACGGGUCGGAGUUCUCGCGUGCUGUUGAGCAGAAGCAGGUGGCGCAGCAAGAGGCCGAGAGGUCGAGGUUCGUGGUGGCGAAGGCGGAGCAGGAAAGGAGGGCUGCCAUCAUCAGGGCUCAAGGUGAGAGCGAGUCUGCAAAGCUGAUUUCGGAUGCCACUGCGGCCGCCGGAAUGGGUUUGAUCGAGCUGAGGAGGAUUGAGGCUGCUAGGGAGGUGGCUGCGACGCUGGCCAAGUCUCCCAGUGUGGCUUACCUUCCCGGAGGAAACAACUUGCUUUUGGGUCUUAAUCCUGCCUCUCGUUGAGUUGAAUUGUGGUAAAAUUCAAAUAGAAAUAUGUUUAUAACUCUUAAUUUUACUGCUUUUUUUAACCUCCUUGAAAGAAAUAUCUGAAAUCCCAUUUAAGCUGUUUUUGAACUUAGCUUUUUGGGUUUAGUUUGCUUUUUGCAUAUUAGCACCCCACUCAGAGUUAAUCGAAAUGGAAACGUUUAUAUGUUUUUACUGUUGUUA